CGUUCACCAUCCACUACGCCCAACACAGAGCCGCCCUCAGCCUCAUGUCCGGAGCCCGCCUCUAGCAUCUCUACCACGGCCACGACCCCAUCGAGCUAUCUCACCAGCUAUCUCACCCAGCAUCUUCAGAUUGGAAUUAGUUUUCCCGUCUUGCAUGCUUAUCGCCAGUAUCGCCUUUUCGACAUCCGUUCAGUGAAGACGUGCAAACGCUCGUUGCCCGGUACUACGACUACGACAGCCACCACCACCAACACCAGCCCAUCAUGGAGAUGUCUUCACCUCUCGCGGCCAUGCACCCGCCGCCCAUCCCCGGCCCCUGGGGAUACCGUCGUGACCUGCCACAAUCGAAGCCGUUGUUUGGAGGAGCACACAGCCUGGGUCCCAAGAGCUUCAACUUCCGCGACCUCAGCAUGAAGAAGAGUGGGGGAGACUACUUCACCCUGCAGCCCAUGCGAGGCUCGUCGCCCACGACCAGCCUGGCCGCCGACAUGUCGAGCAACCUGCACAUGGACCAGAGCCCUCAGCUCCAGACGCCUCGCCGGUCGCUCUUCACGUCGAAUCUCUUUCAGCAACUCGACACACGGGAAAUCACGACCCCACUGGCUCGUUGGGAAGGCGUUACGACUCCGCCAAUCCCAUCGUCCUCGCCCGGCUUCGCACCAGACUCCAUGGACAUCUCCCCUCUUCCCCACAAGGCACCUUUCAGCUUCAUCAACGACCGCUGCCUGCCCCUACCCUCGCCCUCCCCAGAGGUGACCCCAGGAUCCGACAGCGACAUGCUCACUCCAUGUGACGACCUACCCACCCCACCCGCAUACUCUACACCCUCACUCGAGGUCCCACGACCCGUGUCAGCCGCUGAACGCCGAAAGUCCGCUCUGCUCAGGCCCUCUCUUUCGCGCCACAAGAACUACUCUACUAACAGUGUGUCGUUCAAGGACCAAGAAAAGCCAUCGAGCACCUCGCUGCCGGCUUUCCAAUUUGGUUGCGGUGACUUCGCCAGGAACUCGUCUUCAUUGAGCUUGGAUGAGUGCUUUACUGCCUCCCCACCUCAAGAACGUCGUCCCACCUCCAAUGGCUCUCUCUUCGCAUCGAAACCCAAGCCCUUUUCUCUCAACUCUACUGCCGCUCGUGCCAAUGGUUCCCCUCUCGCCGCUGUCAGGAAGCCUGUCGGUCCCCCUUCUCGUCGUCCCAGCAAGUUCCGCAGAUCGUUAAGCAUGUUCGAAAGUCCCGGUGAAGUGAUGAAUGCCAAGCAGGAACAGGAUGACUACCAGCCCAGUGGGCUUCAGUCUGUGAUGGAUGUCGAUGAUGCCAACCCACUCAAGCUUCCACACUUCACUACCAGCGAGCCAGAGAGCCUCCCUCGUAUUACCCACGAGACAUUGGUGGAGGUCCUUGACGGUGCUUAUGAUCACUUGUAUGACAACAAGGUGGUCAUUGACUGCCGCUUCGAGUACGAAUACAAUGGUGGCCACAUUGAAGGUGCAUUGAACUUCUGUGACAAGGAGAAGCUUGCCGAGCGUCUCUUCCAGGCUCCGUCAAGUGACAACACUCUUCUGAUACUGCACUGCGAGUACUCAGCGCAUCGUGCUCCUCUCAUGGCCAAGUUUGUUCGCUCGCAAGAUCGCAAGGAGAAUGCGCAUCAAUAUCCUCACCUCUCGUUCCCUGAAGUUUACAUCCUCGACGGCGGUUACAGCUCCUUCUACCAUGCACAUGCAACCCGCUGCUAUCCCCAGAACUACCUUCGCAUGGAUGCCAAAGAGCAUGAGCAAUCCUGUGAACGCGGCCUUAACAAACUCAAGUUCAAGUCGCGUGCUAAACUCAACCGUGCUACCACUUUCACCUUUGGGCAGCACUGCCAGAUGGAAGACAGCCCUACAGCCAUGGGCCGUACAAGAUCUGGAAACAACCUCUUCACCCUCGGCAAUGACUCUCUUGAAAUCGGACGUGUCAACGCCGCUUCCCGUCGCAUGGCAUCUUAUUAGGCCUGCACAACAACCAACCAACACUAUAACGAAACUAAACUAACUCAUGGCGGAUUGAUUCACGGCGUUAUCGAUGAUUGCUGCAUGGUAUUGGAUCCCCACAGCAUUGGCGUUUGGUCCUUUUCCAUUUCCGGGGCGUUUGAGCGAUUCCCUUUGUUCUGCAUCACUCGGGACUUUUUGCACAGCGGCUCCAGUCUGCAUCUGAUCUUUGGGGUGUCCUGUCCCCAUUUUCGUUUCUAUACCCCUUGUCGCGGUGCCGUGGGCCCGGGCAAAAAGUUACCAUUUCUUGAUAGGGAUUGCUGGAUACCCAUC